AUGCGGGGCUGCGGCGGGCGCCGCGCCUUGCUGGCCGUCCUGGCCCUGUUCCUGCCCGCCGCCGCCGCCGCCGCCACCAGCCCCGCCACCGGCGCCGGGCCCGCCGCGGCGGGGGAGAGCCCCGGGAAUUUUAUGGAGGACGAGCAAUGGCUCUCCUCCAUCUCCCAGUACGGCGGCAGGAUCAAGCACUGGAAUCGCUUCCGAGACGAGGUGGAGGAUGACUACAUCAAGAGCUGGGAGGACAACCAGCCCGGGGACGAAGCCCUGGACACCACUAAGGACCCCUGCCAGAAGGUGAAGUGCAGCCGGCACAAGGUGUGUGUGGCGCAGGGCUACCAGCGCGCCAUGUGCAUCAGCCGCAAGAAGCUGGAGCACAGGAUCAAGCCACUGGGCACCAAGGGCCAUGGGAGCUGCAAGCCCUGCCACGCUGCCCCACUUGCUGCCGUCUGCGGCUCCGAUGGCCACACCUACAGCUCGGCAUGCAAGCUGGAGCAGCAGGCGUGCCUGGCCAGCAAGCAGCUAACAGUGCGGUGCGAGGGGCAGUGCCCCUGUCCUACCCCACACAGUCCUGCCGGUGACGCCAAGCAAGAGCCAUGCACCGGGCAGGACCUGGCCGACCUGGGCGACCGCCUGCGCGACUGGUUCCAGCUCCUGCGGGAGAACGCCAAGCAGAACAGCUCCGGCGGCCUCCCAGCUGGCCCCACCACUGCGCUGGAGCGGAGCGUGGCGGCCAGCUGCAAGGAGGCGGUGGGGUGGAUGUUUUCCCGGCUGGACACGAGCGGGGACCUGUUCCUGGAGGCGGCCGAGCUGGCUGCCAUCAACCUGGACAAGUACGAGGUCUGCAUCCGCGCCUUCUUCAACUCCUGUGACACCUCCCGUGAUGGCCGUGUCUCUGCCCCGGAGUGGUGCUUCUGCUUCUGGAGGGAAAAGCCGCCCUGUCUCAGGGAACUGGAGAAGAUUCAGAUCCAAGAAGCAACCAAAAAAAAGCCAGGCACCUUCAUCCCCAGCUGUGAUGAGGAUGGAUACUACCGGCGGGCACAGUGCGAGCCGGGCGGGGGCGAGUGCUGGUGCGUAGACCAGCAGGGCGUGGAGCUGACCGGCACCCGCAGCCACGGCAGCCCCGACUGCGAGGAGGCGACCGGCUUCUCGGGUGACUUCGGCAGCAGCGUGGGCUGGGAGGACGAGGAGGAGAAGGAGCCGGAGGAGGCGGGCGAGGAAGGCGAGGAAGAGGAGGGCGAAGUGGGUGAGGGUGACGACGGUGGUUACAUCUGGUAG